AUGCAACAUGGAACUUUAAUACUUGAAGAUGGUUCUGAAUUCAAUGGUUUUAUAUUUGGAGCGUCAGCUAAUGCUACCGGUGAAGUCGUCUUUCAAACUGGUAUGGUUGGUUACAUUGAAUCAUUGACUGAUCCAUCUUAUUGUGGACAAAUUCUAGUUCUUACUUUUCCACUUAUUGGCAACUAUGGUGUACCCGAUGAAAAAGCUGUUGAUGGUUUUGGUAUACAGCGAUGGGUUGAAUCAAAUAAAAUUCAUGCAUCAGGAUUAAUUGUUAGUGAUUAUACAGAACAGUAUAGUCAUUGGAAUGCUGUUGAAUCUCUUUCAUCAUGGCUAAAAAAACAUAAUAUUCCUGGUCUUUAUGGAAUUGAUACACGUACAUUAACUAAAAAGCUUCGUAACCAUGGAACAAUGCUCGGAAAAAUUGUUAUGAAAGGAACUGAUCCAACAUCAAUUCAAUUUCAAGAUCAAAAUGAAGCUAAUCUUAUGAUACAAGUUUCUAUUCAAAAACCAUAUGUAAUCAAUCCAACAGGAAACAUAUCUAUUGCUUGUAUUAAUUGUGGUAUGAAAAAUAAUCAAUUACGAAUUUUAUGUCAACUCGGUGGAAAAGUAACAGUCUUUCCAUGGAACUAUCCUGUUAAGCCAGAUGAAUUUGAUGGUUUAUUUUUGAGUAGUGGUCCCGGUGAUCCAGAAAUUCAAUGUCCAGAAACUAUUAAAAUUAUUAAAUCAUGGAUUACAAGUGAAAUUAUUAAACCGGUAUUUGGUAUUGGUCUCGGACAUCAAUUAAUGGCUUUAGCUGCUGGAAUGACAAUAAAAAAACUUAAAUAUGGACAUCGAGGUCAUAAUCAACCAUGUUUAUUAGAAGGAACUCCAUAUUGUUUUAUAACAUCAGAAAAUCAUCGUUUUGCUGUUCGAACAUUAGCUAAAGAUUGGAGUGUUUUAUUUACAAAUCAAAAUGAUCAAUCAAAGGAAGGCAUUAUUCAUGAUUCAAAACCAUUUUUUAGUGUUCAAUUUUAUCCAGAACAUUAUACUGGAACACAUGAUACAAAAAAUUUAUUUGAAAUAUUUCUUGAUAUUGUUCAAUCAUAUAAAUCAACUAAACCAAUUAAUGCUGAAAAGUAUUUAGUUGUACAAUUAACAAAACGUGUUAGUGAUGCUAAUGCACCACCACCAGCAUUUUGUAAGCGAGUAAACAAAGUUUUAAUAUUAGGUGGUGAUGGUUUAACUAUUGGACAAGAAGGAGAAUUUGAUUAUUCUGAAAAACAAGCAAUUAAAGCAAUGAAAACAGAAAGUAUUAAAACUGUAUUAAUCAAUUCAAAUUAUGAUAUAGCUGUAACAUCAAAAGAACUUUCGGAUAAUGUCGUAUCUGUACCAAGAACACCAACUUGGGUUGAAGAAAUUAUUGAAUUUCGUCGUCCUAAUGGUAUUCUACUUAGUUUUGGUAAAGAAACGGCAUUAAAUUGUGGUGUUAAAUUACAUGAAGAAGGUAUUCUUCAAAAAUAUUCAUGUAAUAUAUUAGGAACACCGAUUCAAUCAAUUCAAAUUACUUUAGAUCGAUGUUUAUUUACACAAAAAAUGUCUGAUAUUGGAGAAAAAGUUGUACCACAUAAAGUUGUUGAAUCUCUUGAAGAGGCAUUGAUAUCAGCUGAACAAUUUGGUUAUCCAGUUGUUGUUCGUGCUACUUUUCCUGAGAGUCAACGUAUAUCAUGUUAUGUUGAUAAUCGUGAAGAAUUAAUUUCUUUAGUUCCUUCAAUAUUAACUGAUUUAUCACACUCAUUAAUUGAUAAAUCACAAUCAUCAAUUGAUAAAUCAAAAUUAUUAAUUCAUAAAACACUUAAAGGUUGGAAAAAAAUUGGAUAUGAAGUUGUUCGAGAUCAAUAUGAUAAUUGUAUUGUUAUAUGUAAUAUGGAAAAUAUGGAUCCAUUACCACUUCGUACUGAUUAUUCAAUUGUUAUUGCACCAAGUCAAACAUUAUCAAGUGAUGAAUAUAAUUUAUUACGAAGUGUAUCAAUUAAAGUUGUUCGUCAUUUGGGUAUUAUUGGUACAUGUAAUGUACAAUUUGCAUUAAAUCCAUUAUGGAUGGAAUAUUAUAUAAUUAAAGUAAAUGCAGGGUUAUCUUGUUCAUCUGAAUUUGCAUCAAAAGCAACUGGUUAUCCAUUAGCAUAUAUAACAGCUAAACUUGUACUUGGAUUAAAUUUAGUUGAAUUGACAAAUAAUAUAACGAAUCAAACGUGUGCUUGUUUUGAACCAAGUCUCGAUUAUAUAGUAAUUAAAAUUCCAAAAUGGAAUUUAGAUAAAUAUGAUCAAUAUUCAAACAAAAUCGAGAGUAGUUCAAAAAAAAGUACCGAUGGAGUUACCGAUGGAGUUAUCUCCAUCGGUAGAUCAUUCGAGGAAGCUUUUCAAAAUGCUCUACGAAUGGUCGAUCACGACAUAAUUGGUUUUCAUUCAGAUGCACCAACUAUUGCAGAUGAAGAAUUAACAAUUUGUCGUGCUGAACGUGUUCUCAAUUUUGCAACAGCUAUUCGUCAAGGGUAUACAAUAGAACGUCUAUUCGAUUUAACAAAAAUUGAUCGAUGGUAUUUAUACAAAUUUGAAGCAAUUAUUAAAUUUAUUGUUGAACAUUCUCAUCCAUCAACUAUUAAACAUAAAUUCAUUUUACGUGAAGCAAAACAUUUAGGCUUUUCCGAUCAACAAAUUGUUAAAUAUUCACGUAUUACUGAACUUAAACUUCGUGCAUUAUAUGACCAAUAUGGUAUUCAACCAUUUCGGAAACAAAUUGAUACACUUUCAGGUGAAUAUCCAGCAGCAAUAAAUUACAUUUAUUACACUUAUGAUGGACAGGACGACGAUACAUAA